UGGUCCUCUGCCAUUAAUGCAAUGAUACCCCAUUCUUAUCCUACACUCCUUUUCUUCUCUUCCUCUUAAUAUGUGCACCAUUCUAUUCCUUUCUCUAAGCUUAAAAAAGCAAACAACUCCAUUGACACCUGCUGCAGUUCUCCAGAUUCAAAUAUGGCGACUUCAUGUUCAUCAGUGGUAUGGAGCAGAGAAGAAGAGAGAGCUUUUGAAAAUGCCAUUGCAAUGCACUGGAUAGAGGACUCCAAGAAUCAAUGGGAUAAGAUUUCCUCAGUGGUUCCGAGCAAAAGCAUUGGAGAGUUGAAGCACCAUUAUCAACUCCUUGUCGAAGAUGUAACUGCAAUUGAAGCAGGACAUGUUCCAUUACCCAAUUAUAUUGGACAGGAAACAUUCUCAUCAAUUAAGGAUCAUCAUCAAGGGUUGCCUCCGGGUACAUGUUCUAUUGGACAAUCCAGUUCUGGGUUUUCAGGAUUAGGCCACGACUCAACUGGCAUGGGUCAGGCAUGUAAAGGAGGAUCCAGGGCAGACCAAGAGCGCCGGAAAGGGAUUCCGUGGACAGAAGAAGAGCACAGGUUAUUUUUGCUUGGUCUGGACAAGUUUGGGAAAGGGGAUUGGAGAAGCAUUUCGAGAAACUUUGUCAUAUCCAGAACCCCCACACAAGUUGCAAGCCAUGCCCAAAAGUACUUCAUUCGACUCAAUUCCAUGAACAGAGACAGAAGGAGAUCCAGCAUCCAUGACAUCACUAGUGUGAACAGUGACGUGGCGUCUCAUCGGGCACCGAUCACUGGACAACAGAUGAACCCCAAUCCGAACAAUGAAGCGGCACUUUCUCAUGCAAUUAAGCACAGAAACCAACCAAACAUGCAUGGUUUAGGCAUGUACGGUGUAGGGCAUCCAAUUGCUGCUGCUCCUGGUCACAUUGGAUCCGCGGUUGGCACUUCUGUUUUGAUUCCACCAGGACAUCAUCAUCCCCCUUAUGUUGUUCCGAUGGCGUACCACAUGCAUCAAUAACCAGUACCCACAUCAAUGCCCUGAGUCUCUGGACCCUGCUUUUAAAGUCCAAUUGUUUAUUGGUCUCCAUUGUUAAUGGCUUGUUGAAGUUGCAUCGUACAAUGACAUUAGAGCGUGUUACCAACACAACUGUAAGAACACUUUUCAACUCUGUACAUACCAGAUAAAAGUUGACACAACGCAAUUCUUGGAAAAUAACAAUGCCGGGAUAAGAAGUUUCAUUU